AGCACUCCUUUCUACUCUUGCCUUUUGCCAGUGUCUCUCAGGGACCCUCGGGCUGCUCCCUCGUCUGUGGCCUCUUCCUGUGCGCCGACCAACUUUUGCACUUAACAACAACCAAGAAACAUGGCCCAGCAUCAGCAGAUUAGCUUGCCUGCCAAACUGAUCAAUGGAGGGAUUGCCGGCAUGGUAGGAGUCACCUGUGUUUUCCCAAUUGACCUGGCAAAGACCCGCCUGCAGAACCAACGCAGUGGGCAGCAACUGUACAAGAACAUGAUGGAUUGCCUGAUUAAGACGGUUAAAUCUGAGGGUUAUUUUGGCAUUUACAGAGGAGCUGCAGUAAAUCUUACCCUGGUAACACCAGAGAAAGCCAUAAAACUAGCUGCUAAUGAUUUCUUUCGUCACCAACUGAGCCAAGACGGGGCUAGGCUUACCGUUUUUAAAGAAAUGCUGGCGGGGUGUUGUGCAGGAAUGUGCCAGGUCAUCAUCACCACGCCGAUGGAGAUGCUCAAGAUCCAGAUGCAAGAUGCAGGCAGGCUGGUAGCCCAGCAGAGAGUGAUGCCCAGUGUGGUGACAACGAUGAAGAUGGGAGGAACCAGCGCCGUCCUCAGCCGUUCCUAUAACACCAUUCAUGCACCUCAAGUCGUCCGCGUGUCCGCCCUGCAGAUCACCAAGGAGCUGCUGAGGACCAAAGGAAUUGUGGGUCUCUAUAGAGGACUCGGGGCAACACUAAUGAGGGACAUCCCAUUCUCUGUUGUGUACUUCCCUCUUUUUGCACAUCUGCACCAGCUGGGUCAGCAUUCGUCUGAACAUCCGUCUGUUCCUUUCUACUGGUCCUUCAUGUCUGGCUGCUUGGCUGGAUCCAUCGCUGCUGUAGCUGUCAGCCCGUGUGAUGUGGUCAAGACAAGGCUGCAGUCGCUCAAAAAGGGAGCUAAUGAGGAGACCUACAGCGGAGUUGUUGACUGUGUCAGGAAGAUUUGGAGAAAAGAGGGUCCCAGAGCGUUUCUCAAGGGAGCCAGCUGCAGAGCCCUCGUUAUUGCCCCACUGUUUGGCAUUGCCCAGGUUGUGUACUUUGUAGGAGUUGGAGAGUUCUUGCUGGGCUACAGCCCCUACAACAUCUACUCUGCAUGAACAAGCUGUUUUCAAGCCUUUCUGCUGGCUCAUUAAACUAAGACAGGUACGCCCUGGGAGUAGCAACGGAUCCAGAUGUCUUUCUGUGUACUCUCUUUAAAUAUUAAGAUUUAAAAGCAAAUGCUAAAGGGACCAGAGAGUAUUUUUCUUAUUGUACAAUGUUUACAAAAGAAAAGCGUUGGCUCUCUCGCUGAGAGUCUCGGUUGUCCAUCACUGACCAUCAGUUUGAGAAGAGCAAGCCGACUUUCUUUUCUCACUUUUAGACCUUUAGCUCCAUAUCAGUUACCCUUGAUUUUAAUCUCUAAACCCCUCCCCAAUCUGCAUCCUCCUAACAGACCCCAAUUGAUGAUGGUUUUUCAAAAGAAUACCUAGUAAAACCACAUCAUCAAAUUUAAAACUUGAAUAAAAUCUUUUUUUUUUUAAGAUUAAAUGUGAAACCAGGGCUUGGAUCUUUCUUCUAGUUUAUGUAAAUACUGUAUAUUUGUUUCUAUUUUGUAUUAUUGUAAGUGGUCAAAAUUGAAGAAAAAAAGAGUUUAUUUUUAAAUGUGAACCCCCUCAGCCAACUGACUAAAAACUGUUUUUAAGGAGUCAAAUCUCAGGAUUUCUCUGAUCUGUGAUUUGAGAGACAGAACCUCCAUCCUCAAGAGAUAGUUUUUAGUUUGAAUAAUAACUGAGAAGCGUCUCCAUUUGAAUGUAAACUGUGAAUUUCUUUUGUGGCCACUUGCACAACCUUUGUACUCUGUGAUAAAAUGGAUGAAGCUGAUAAACUUCAGAGAACCGUG